UUCUGUAUGUCCAAUCCAAUCAAUAUGGCAGCAGCCCCCCUUUAGCACCCAUUUGAACUGCCAUUAGCGAUUACUCAACUCAGACUCUAUCGCUGAUUAGUCAGAAGAGAUAACUAGCUGUGAUAGUACGCACUACAUACACUCAGCCACCACAAAUGGGCGCACCCGGAACGGGUUCAGUGUAUGUCAUACCAUGAACAUGAACACCACCUCGCAGGUGGUAAUUACCGCCGAAACCUUUGAGCCGGUCUGCCAGCCAAUCUCCCUACCACCCGGCACCGUGGUGGCGACCCAGCAACCUAUUUCUAGCCGCACUCCGAUUGGGACAGGAGAUAGCUCGCUGAAAGUCGGCUGGCAGCCGAUGCAAGUUCGGUGUUCCUCCUGCCAUGGUGAGGUGCAGACCAGCCUGAUUAUCGCCUCCACAAAGACCACCCAUCUGUGCGCCUUGAUACUGUACAUUUGCUGCCUCUGGCCAUGCGUCGUCCUGCCCUACUGCUUCAACUACUGCAAGAAUGUGCGACAUUUCUGCCCCAACUGUGGAAACUACAUAGGGACCUAUUCGAUUUGAUUUAGUGUUAAAAUUAUCCAAGCCGCUAUUAAACGAUUCAAAAUGAACAGUUUUUAAAAGCUCUGCUUCAGUUUUUUAUUCAGCUGUUGAAAGCUCUGCAAGAAGAGCCAGCAAA